CUGGGGCCUGGUGAAUAAUGCCGGCAUUUGCACUCCCAUGGCACCCAAUGAGUGGCUGACCAAACAGGACUUCGUAAAGAUGCUCGACGUGAACCUGUUGGGGAUGAUUGAGGUGACCCUGAGUCUGCUGCCCCUAGUGAGGAAGGCGAGGGGCCGUGUGGUCAACGUCUCCAGCGUCAUGGGUCGCGUGUCCCUCUUUGGUGGAGGCUACUGCAUGUCCAAAUACGGCGUGGAGGCUUUCUCAGACUCCCUCAGGAGGGAGCUCUCCUACUUCGGAGUGAAGGUGGCGAUGAUUGAGCCUGGUUACUUCAUGACCAAUAUGACCAGCCCUGAGGUGUUUAAUGGAAGCCUCCAGGCAUCAUGGGAUCAGGCCAGCCCAGAGAUCAAGGAACUCUAUGGAGAGAAGUUCGUGGCUGACUUCAUGAAGACAUCUAAUUUAUUGAAGCCAUCAUGGUCCGGGAAUCUGUCCUUGAUGACCAACUGCAUGGAGCAUGCCCUGACCUCCUGCCACCCCCGCACCCGGUACUCCGCUGGCUGGGACGCCAAGUUCUUCUACCUCCCCGUGAGCUACAUGCCCACCUUCCUGGUGGACCUCAUGAUGUACUGGGGUGCCCCACGGCCUGCUAAGGCCCUGUAACCCAAGACUGGGAUGCAUGGUGGGGGGAGCUGGGGACAGUGUGGGGAGGGGAUGCAUCAGAGAGAGGGAAAUAGAGUGGCGAAAGGGGUUCUCAUGUCACCGGGGACACCCAUCCCACCUCAGUCCCCAGGCUUCUCUUGAGACAUUACUUAGUUCUCUGGGGAUAUUAUGAAGAAAGGAACAAGUCUUAUGGCUGAGGAACAGGG